UCAAUCGUCUUUCUUUGCUUAUUUCUUCCUAUAUGAUUCUCAUCUUUUUCGUUUUCUUCUAUUGCUUCCCUUGAUCUGUGUAUAUACUCAUGGCAUCAAUCUUGUGAAAAUAUAUACAUGAGAUAGAUUUUGAUUCUUUUUUUCCCUUUUUCUUCUAUUGCUUCCGCUGUUUAUAUGCUCAUGAAUUACAAGCCAUAUGAUUUGAGUGACAAGAAAACGAGUUGAAGACAUGAAUUUGCAAAAUGGGCUUGUUGCUACUAUGUGAUGUUUAUAUCUGCUGUAAUGUAUGCCUUUUCUGCAAUUCAUUUUUAAGAUUUCAUUCCAUUACUUCUGCUGGGUUUGCUCAUCUAUCCUUCAUAGUUGUGUGUUUUGCUGUUCCUGCUGUGGUCUCAGGUAAUGAUACUUUCCUGAAAUUCUGUAAACUAGAUGGAUUGUUGUUCUAUUAUCCACAUGGCUAUUGAUCCAACUGGUUGUUUCUAAAUUUUUAUCCAUAGUAAUGAUUUCGCUUCCAAAACUGAUCAAUGAUUGACAACUAGUGCAAGACUUUGGUUUCUGCUAUUGUAGUGUAGGAUGUAGACAGGUCUGUUACAUAGUGAUCUAUCUUUUAUUGAAGAAUCUGUUGUGUGGAAUCUGUUUUCACCUCAUCAAAUAGAAAUUUUCAUAUGCAUAUUUUUUCCUAAUUUGUCUCUACACUGUCUAUAUAGUACUUUGAUGUACUAGUUAACCGGUAGUUAAAUUUUAGACUCUGAAACUAUCAAAAUUCUUGGCAUGCUUUGUACAGCACUUCUGUUAGGAUGCAAUGUCAUCAGGUUAAAAUGCACUUGGUCUUUCUUUUUUUUUUUUUGGGUACUUCUAUUUCAAUUUUCACAAAAUAAAGAUAGAGAUAGAAACUUAAACCAAAUUUUACAUUGAAAAUAGAGAUGGGAAGGAAGAAUACUAAUGAAAUUGGGGGAAGUGGAUCACAAGUUAAAGCUGUAUGGAAUGAUUAUAAUGUAUCCAAAUUUUGUGAUCUGUGCAUCAAGUUGGUGGAUGCUGGACGUCGUCCUAAUACUCAUUUUGACAGAGAAGGAUGGGAGAGUUUGGUAGUAAACUUCAGUAAAGAAACCGGCGAUAACUAUGAUGAAACUCAAUUGAAGAAUAAAUGGGAUUCACUUAAAAUUGAAUGGAAGUUGUGGAAAGAACUAGUUGGCAAGGAAACUGGUUUAGGGUGGAAUCCUAGCAAGGGCACUGUUGAUGCACCUGCCGAAUGGUGGCAUAGUAAGAUUCAGGUCAAUCCCGAAUAUGCAAAACUGCGUAAAAAAGGUCUUAAUCCUGAAUUGGAGGAGAAGCUAGAUAGAAUGUUUUCAAACAUUAUAGCCACUGGUGAACAUGCUUGGGCACCUUCUUGUGGGAACCUUCCAUCUCCAAAAUCAGACAUAUGCAAGGAUGAUGUCAUUCCACUUGAAGGCAGUGAUGAUUCGGUGGAUUUUACUCCAAUAGAAAGAAGUGGGGGUAAGGAAGGUGUUUCAAGGAGAGGGAAAAAAAGAUUGACUGAUGAAGCUGAAUUACAAGCUAAAGCGGAAAAGAAACCUAAAGGACCCAUUGUUUUAGGCAAGCAGAAGAUCUCUUUGAGUACUUCUACUUUGGCUCAACUACCAAUUACUUCACAAGGUUGGAUGCUGAAUCCCAAAAGGAUUCUGACUCAGAAAAAAAUUUCGAAUGAACCUCCAGCAGUGAGUGGCAACCAAGAUAUCUCCUCUGACACUCGUCAAUCAUGCAAUUCUGAAAGUAUGUCACCACUUUUAAUUGCCGAGGCAGAGCGGUGUUUGUCAUUGUAUUUUGCUCUGUGCACAAAGGCAGUUAAUCAUCAUAUUCCAAAACUAGUGCCUACAAUGGUCUCGUCACAAGAUAUUCUUGAUAUUAUUUCAGACCAUCCGGCUGGAAGCUAGAACCUCCUGAUGCAGGUUUUGCAUACACUGACAGAUGGGGCAGUUCCCUCUCAAGAGCUGAUAUUUACCAUUAGGAAGUUAUAUGAUUCAAAACUGAAGGAGAUUGAGAUUCUCACGCCAACAUUACCAUUUAUACCAAAAGAUGAGGUUCGUUCCCAUUCUCUCAUUUCCUAAUUGGGUCUACCAUGCAAUCUGUGGUUAUGUUGGUGGUUACCUGUUACACAGAUUUCUUUAUAUGAACUUCUUGUGUGUGGUUGAGCUAUAGGUAUCUAGCUAAACAAUUCUUGACAAUGGACUUUUAGAAUGAUGUGGAGUCUAGUAUAAACCUAUGCUUUUUUGCCAAAUUGUUAUCUUGCAUGUGGUAUAUGCUGAAUGAUAAGCCAUUUUUAUAGUCUUAAUAACUUAGUUGAUUCUUUUUUGUUGGUUACAAAUAGCUUAAUUGAUUCUGAAUUUUUUUUGUUUAUUUUUCUUUUUGUACUAAAUCUAAACAAUUAUUUUUCCACAACAUUCACCCAAUCAAGAAUGCAGAAAAUUUCAAGAAACUCAUUAUACAUUGUUUAGUUACUAUCAUUCAUUCAAGCUGAAUAUUAAGAUAAAGGAAACUAUCUAAACUUUGAUGCUCAUAAAGACACCAAUGCUAUGCUCCUUCCAUUGGGAAUUUAUCCCCUUCCACACAAUCCAUAUAACUGCCAUGAUUGCAUGUGCUGCUUUCACAUGACAUUCUCCAUCUUGUAUUGCGUAAAUUCCGAGUAAACUAAGUUCCAUUCAAUCCUUUAUACUUUCAAUUAUGCUUUACAUUGUUUUCAGAUUGUCAGUCGGCAAGCUUUUCUUUUGUUAGAGCUUUAUUUGCCAGUCUUUGUUAGGUUAUGUUAAUCUUUCCCAACUUGUGAAUCUUUCCCUGGAUAAGUUCCAAGCAGCAGUAACUGGCACACUACAGGUAAUGUUUCCUUUGUUCAUUCUUGGCAAUCAAGUGUUCGAAGUGUAUCUGUGUUCUUACUGUGAGGAAAGAUUCAUUAAAAGACUUAAAUAUGCUUGUAAAGUAUCUGUUAUACUCUUCUUGAUCCUACAUUGUGAUUGUACAGGGAUCGUCCCAUUCUGGUCCUCUUCUCGCUCCAGCUGAAGUAUUGAUUGCUAUCCAUGGGAUUGAUCCCGACAGAGAUGGAAUUCCUUUAAAGAAGGCAUGUCUUCUUUUGUUUUCUUGGUUGGAAGUCGUUCUGGGGGACGAUAAUUAAUGACUGACUUGCAGGUCACAGAUGCAUGCAAUGCAUGUUUUGAGCAGCGACAGAUAUUCAACCAACAAGUUCUUGCCAAAGUUCUGAAUCAAUUGGUUUGUAAUAUCAUACCGUUGUGAACUUUACUUUUGGUUACCACCUCUUUCAAGCAUAUGCUAAUGAAAAACAAGAUUCCUACUUGCAGGUUGAGCAGAUACCCCUUCCUUUACUGUUCGUGCACACAGUAUUGCAAGCUAUAGGUCUUUUCCUGCACUGGUAAGAUCAGCAUCACUCGCAGAGCUAGAGACCAUGGGCUGCACCUAUGCUAGAUUGCAUCACACAAUCAUAAGAGUACAGCAUAUGGUGCUGAAAAGAACUGUUGCUUGUUGCUUGCCAUAUCUAAUUUAUAUUUUAUUAAUUUGAUUGAUGAACUGUUGCAUAUAUGGAAAUACCCAAAGUUGUGGGUGGAUUCCUGAAGUGUUCAUUCUUGACAAAGCCUCAGUCAUUUGGCGGCGUGUUGCUUCAGCUACCUCCAGCACAGCUAAAAUGCGUUUAAGAGAACUGCAGCUCUAAAGCACCCUUGGUUGCCCAUGCUAGCCAACCAGAU